CUCCACCCCCUCUCCUUUCUCUCUUCUCUUCCUUCCUCUCCUCCUCCUCCCCUCCAGCCGCUGGGAGCCGCGGGUCGGACAAGCCGCCGCCUCCUUCUCUGCGUCCAUGUAUGAGGGGAAGAAGACGAAGAACAUGUUCCUGACCCGGGCUCUGGAGAAGAUAUUGGCCGACAAGGAAGUGAAGAAGGCGCAUCACUCCCAGCUGCGCAAAGCUUGCGAGGUGGCAUUAGAGGAAAUAAAAGCGGAAACUGAAAAACAGAGUCCUCCUCAUGGAGAAGCAAAAGCUGGAUCAAGCACCCUUCCACCAGUGAAAUCAAAGACAAAUUUUAUUGAAGCAGACAAGUACUUCUUGCCUUUUGAGUUGGCAUGCCAGUCCAAAUGUCCCCGCAUAGUUAGUACAUCUCUAGAUUGCUUACAGAAACUUAUUGCUUAUGGGCACUUGACUGGCAAUGCUCCAGAUAGUACAACACCAGGCAAAAAAUUAAUUGAUAGAAUUAUUGAAACAAUAUGUGGCUGCUUUCAGGGCCCUCAGACAGAUGAAGGAGUUCAGCUGCAGAUAAUAAAGGCGUUACUUACUGCAGUAACAUCACAACACAUAGAAAUUCAUGAAGGGACUGUACUGCAAGCUGUGAGAACAUGUUACAAUAUCUACUUAGCAAGCAAAAAUCUCAUCAAUCAGACAACAGCCAAAGCUACUCUCACUCAGAUGCUAAAUGUUAUCUUUGCACGCAUGGAAAACCAAGCAUUACAGGAAGCAAAACAAAUGGAAAAAGAAAGGCAUCGGCAGCAUCAUCAUCUGUUACAGUCUCCAGUAAGCCAUCACGAGCCUGAAUCACCUCAACUUAGAUAUUUGCCACCUCAGACUGUUGAUCAUAUAUCCCAAGAACACGAAGGGGACCUUGACCUCCAUACAAAUGAUGUAGAUAAAAGCCUUCAAGAUGACACAGAGCCUGAAAAUGGAUCUGAUAUUUCCAGUGCAGAAAAUGAACAGACUGAAGCUGAUCAGGCAACUGCAGCUGAAACAUUAUCUAAAAAUGACGUGUUAUAUGAUGGAGAAAACCAUGAUUGUGAGGAAAAGCCACAAGACAUCGUACAGAACAUUGUAGAAGAAAUGGUGAACAUUGUUGUUGGAGAUAUGGGAGAAGGGACUACUAUAAAUGCAAGUGCAGAUGGCAACAUUGGAACUAUAGAGGAUGGUAGUGACAGUGAAAAUAUUCAAGCAAAUGGAAUUCCAGGAACACCAAUUUCUGUUGCAUAUACACCAUCCUUACCUGAUGAUAGAUUGUCAGUCUCUUCCAAUGAUACUCAGGAAUCUGGAAAUUCUUCAGGACCUUCACCUGGUGCUAAGUUUUCCCACAUUUUACAAAAGGAUGCCUUUCUAGUAUUCAGGUCAUUGUGUAAACUGUCAAUGAAACCACUGUCAGAUGGACCACCAGAUCCAAAGUCUCAUGAACUACGAUCCAAGAUUCUUUCAUUGCAGUUACUUCUAUCCAUUCUGCAGAAUGCAGGACCUAUUUUCAGGACAAAUGAGAUGUUUAUUAAUGCUAUUAAGCAGUAUCUUUGUGUUGCACUCUCAAAAAAUGGAGUCUCAUCUGUUCCAGAGGUUUUUGAGCUUUCUCUUUCUAUAUUUCUUACUUUGUUGUCAAAUUUCAAGACACAUCUGAAGAUGCAAAUUGAGGUGUUCUUUAAAGAAAUUUUCUUAUACAUUUUGGAAACUUCUACCAGCUCAUUUGAUCACAAAUGGAUGGUUAUUCAGACACUGACGAGGAUUUGUGCAGAUGCUCAGAGUGUAGUGGAUAUUUAUGUAAACUAUGACUGUGACUUAAAUGCAGCCAAUAUAUUUGAAAGACUAGUAAAUGAUCUAUCAAAAAUUGCUCAAGGAAGGGGCAGUCAAGAACUUGGUAUGAGUAAUGUUCAGGAAUUGAGCCUGAGGAAAAAAGGUUUAGAAUGCUUAGUGUCGAUUUUGAAGUGUAUGGUUGAAUGGAGUAAGGAUCAGUAUGUGAAUCCCAACUCUCAGACAACUCUUGGUCAGGAAAAACCCUCAGAGCAAGAGAUGAGUGAAAUCAAACACCCUGAGACAAUAAACAGAUACGGAAGUUUAAAUUCCCUGGAGUCAACAUCAUCAUCAGGAAUAGGCAGCUACAGUACACAGAUGUCUGGUACUGAUAAUCCAGAACAAUUUGAGGUCCUAAAGCAACAAAAAGAAAUAAUAGAACAAGGGAUAGAUUUAUUUAAUAAGAAACCAAAGAGAGGAAUACAGUACCUCCAAGAACAAGGGAUGCUUGGCACCACACCUGAAGAUAUUGCCCAAUUCUUACAUCAAGAGGAAAGAUUAGACUCUACUCAAGUGGGUGAGUUCCUGGGAGAUAAUGAUAAAUUUAACAAAGAAGUCAUGUAUGCAUAUGUGGACCAACAUGACUUUUCAGGAAAAGACUUCGUUUCAGCCCUUCGUAUGUUUCUAGAAGGAUUUCGUCUUCCAGGGGAAGCUCAGAAAAUCGAUCGAUUAAUGGAAAAAUUUGCUGCAAGAUACCUAGAAUGCAACCAAGGACAAACUCUCUUUGCUAGUGCAGAUACAGCUUAUGUUUUGGCUUAUUCAAUUAUCAUGUUGACCACAGACCUUCACAGUCCACAGGUGAAAAAUAAAAUGACAAAGGAACAAUACAUUAAGAUGAAUAGAGGUAUCAAUGACAGUAAAGACCUUCCUGAAGAGUAUCUAUCAGCCAUCUAUAAUGAAAUAGCUGGGAAAAAGAUAUCCAUGAAAGAAACAAAAGAACUAACAAUCCCUACAAAAUCAAGUAAACAGAAUGUAGCCAGUGAAAAACAAAGAAGACUUCUGUAUAACUUAGAAAUGGAGCAGAUGGCCAAGACAGCUAAAGCACUCAUGGAGGCUGUGAGCCAUGUUCAGGCACCCUUUACAAGUGCAACACAUUUGGAGCAUGUGAGGCCCAUGUUUAAGUUGGCUUGGACACCUUUUCUGGCUGCAUUCAGUGUGGGUCUACAAGAUUGUGAUGAUACUGAAGUAGCCUCUCUUUGCCUGGAAGGUAUAAGAUGUGCAAUCAGAAUUGCAUGCAUUUUCAGCAUUCAGCUGGAGAGAGAUGCAUAUGUCCAGGCACUAGCAAGAUUUACCUUACUCACAGUGAGUUCCGGUAUUACUGAAAUGAAACAGAAGAACAUUGACACAAUAAAAACACUUAUCACAGUGGCUCAUACAGAUGGAAAUUAUUUAGGAAAUUCAUGGCAUGAGAUUCUGAAGUGCAUCAGUCAGUUGGAGCUGGCACAGCUUAUAGGAACUGGAGUGAAACCUCGAUACAUUUCUGGAACAGUGCGAGGCAGAGAAGGAUCUCUUACUGGAACAAAAGAUCAGGCUCCUGAUGAAUUUGUGGGUUUAGGGCUAGUUGGAGGAAAUGUGGACUGGAAACAGAUAGCAAGUAUUCAGGAAUCCAUUGGAGAAACCAGUUCUCAGAGUGUUGUUGUUGCUGUAGAUAGAAUAUUCACAGGAUCUACAAGGCUAGAUGGAAAUGCUAUUGUGGAUUUUGUCCGUUGGCUCUGUGCUGUGUCUAUGGAUGAAUUACUUUCCAUGACACACCCAAGAAUGUUUAGUCUACAAAAAAUAGUAGAAAUAUCAUAUUACAACAUGGGACGAAUAAGAUUGCAGUGGUCUCGAAUUUGGGAAGUUAUUGGAGAUCAUUUUAAUAAGGUUGGGUGUAAUCCUAAUGAAGAUGUAGCUAUUUUUGCAGUAGACUCCUUGAGGCAGUUGUCAAUGAAGUUCUUAGAGAAAGGGGAGCUUGCUAAUUUCAGAUUCCAGAAGGAUUUCUUAAGACCUUUUGAACAUAUAAUGAAACGGAACAGGUCUCCAACAAUUCGAGAUAUGGUUGUACGGUGUAUAGCACAGAUGGUUAAUUCUCAAGCUGCUAACAUUCGAUCUGGAUGGAAGAACAUUUUCUCUGUAUUUCAUCUAGCUGCAUCUGAUCAAGAUGAAAGCAUAGUGGAACUUGCAUUCCAAACAACCGGGCACAUUGUCACCCUUGUAUUUGAAAAACACUUUCCAGCGACCAUUGAUUCUUUCCAGGAUGCAGUGAAGUGUUUGUCUGAAUUUGCGUGCAAUGCAGCUUUCCCAGACACAAGUAUGGAAGCAAUUCGACUUAUUCGCCAUUGUGCAAAAUAUGUGUCUGAUAGACCUCAGGCUUUCAAGGAAUACACAAGCGAUGAUAUGAAUGUAGCACCUGAAGACAGGGUGUGGGUGAGAGGAUGGUUCCCAAUUCUCUUUGAGUUAUCCUGUAUCAUCAAUAGAUGCAAAUUAGAUGUAAGAACCAGGGGUUUAACAGUAAUGUUUGAAAUAAUGAAAACAUAUGGCCACACUUACGAGAAACACUGGUGGCAGGAUUUAUUUAGAAUUGUUUUCAGAAUCUUUGACAAUAUGAAAUUGCCAGAACAACAGACAGAGAAAGCUGAAUGGAUGACAACAACUUGCAAUCAUGCACUUUAUGCAAUCUGUGAUGUAUUCACUCAGUAUUUAGAAGUACUCAGUGAUGUACUUUUGGAUGAUAUUUUUGCUCAGCUCUACUGGUGUGUGCAGCAAGACAAUGAGCAGUUAGCGCGAUCUGGUACAAACUGUUUAGAGAAUGUUGUUAUUCUGAAUGGUGAAAAAUUUACCCUAGAAAUCUGGGAUAAAACUUGCAACUGCACACUGGAUAUCUUCAAAACCACAAUCCCACAUGCGCUGUUGACCUGGCGACCCACUUCUGGAGAAACUGUCCCCCCACCUCCAUCUCCUGUAAGUGAAAAGCCAUUGGAUACAAUAUCACAGAAGUCUGUAGAUAUUCAUGAUUCUAUUCAACCAAGGUCUGUGGAUAACAGACCACAAGCACCACUGGUUUCUGCCUCUGCUGUUAAUGAAGAAGUCAGCAAAAUUAAAUCUACAGCAAAAUUUCCAGAACAAAAAUUGUUUGCUGCCCUGUUGAUUAAAUGUGUUGUGCAGCUGGAACUGAUCCAGACUAUCGACAACAUUGUCUUCUUCCCAGCCACAAGUAAGAAAGAAGAUGCGGAAAACUUAGCUGCCGCGCAGAGAGAUGCGGUGGACUUUGAUGUUCGAGUUGAUACUCAAGACCAAGGAAUGUACCGCUUUUUAACAUCACAACAACUUUUUAAGCUACUGGACUGCUUAUUAGAGUCACAUAGAUUUGCAAAAGCAUUUAAUUCCAACAACGAACAGAGGACUGCCCUGUGGAAAGCAGGAUUCAAAGGCAAAUCCAAGCCCAACCUUCUGAAGCAGGAGACCAGCAGCCUGGCCUGUGGGUUGCGCAUUCUCUUCCGGAUGUACAUGGAUGAGAGCCGCGUUAGUGCCUGGGAGGAGGUCCAGCAGAGGCUUUUGAAUGUCUGCAGUGAAGCACUAAGUUACUUCCUCACUCUAACAUCAGAAAGUCAUCGAGAAGCCUGGACUAACUUACUGCUUUUGUUUCUAACUAAAGUUCUAAAGAUAAGCGAUAAUAGGAGAUGGGAUCUCACUAUAUUGCCCAGGCUGGUCUCAAACUCUUGGACCUGAAGUGAUCCUCCCAACUCAGCCUCCCAAAACCAAACGGACCCUGUGAGCAUGGGGCUGCCAGUGAAAGGAGGAUGCCUGGGAAUGAAAUCAACAGAAGAGAUGCAGAAAGCCUACGGAAAAACAGCGUGCUGAUACUAUUUGACACAGCAGUGAUUAUUUCUUACCUUUGGCACAUUCCUGCAUUUUUAUUCUGUUCAGCCUCUUCUGCUGCUCUCUUAGCAGGGCUUGCUGCUGAAUCUCUAAGGUGUGAUGAUCUCUUGGAGGAUCCGGGUACAUAAAUUUCAGAUCAACUCGUGUUUCUGAAUCUGGUAUAAAAAAUAUGUUAUAUAACUAAGUUAAAUGUUGUUUUCAAAUGGGAUUUUAUAAAACUUCACUGUAAGUAACAUGAGUAACCUAAUUUCAAAAUCAAGGAAAUGAUAUAAAUAGUGAAACAUCACUAAAGUCAAAGGACAGUAAAAUAGCCACAAAACUAAAGAAUAUGAAAUUAAUAUUCUUUAAUAAGUGUCUUUUCACAAACUUACCAACAUAAGGAAUACCCCAGAACAAGCAGUGGAUGCUGCAUUCUCCAUCUCUACCUGUCCUAGCCCCGCCAGGAUGCCACCCAGAACACAAACUACAUGCAGGUAUAUCCAAGCAGAUGGUCACAUGGCUAUGACUAAGGCAGCCAUGAGACACUGUAAUCACGACUGAUCUCUAAAAUAUACUGGAAACAUGAAAAAAUAAUGUUACUGGCCAAUUAAUAUUUUAGUCCUUACAAAUAUCAUGCAGAAAGCAAGAUAAAUGUAGACUGGCUGGAACUUGAGGGAGAAUGACAUUUGUUUUUUGUUUUUUUUUCUUGAGACAGAGUCUUGCUCUGUCGCCCAUGCUGGAGUGCAGUGGCAUGGUCUUGGCUCACUGCCAGCUCUGCCUCCUGGGUUCACGCCAUUCUCCUGCCUCAGUCUCCCAAAUAGCUGGGACUACAAGCACCUACCACUAUGCCCAGCUAAUUUUUUUUUGUAGUUUUUAGUAGAGACGGGGUUUCACUAUGUUGGCCAGGCUGGUCUUGAACUCCUGACCUCGUGAUCCACCCGCCUCGGCCUCUCAAAGUGCUGGGAUUACAGGCAUUAGCCACGGUGCCUGGCCAAGAAUAAAAAUUUUUAAAUCUUGAGAAGAAACAUACAGUUCAUACAUAUAAAAAGCCUUGAAAAUAUUAUUCCCUUUGACUCACUAAUUACACUGCUGGAAUAUAAAGAAAUGAUCCUAAAUAUAUAUUAUAGUUUUAUGGUCCUAAAUAUGUAUAAAGCUUUAUGAUAAGAAAUUAUCAAAAGAACAAAAUAGUGAAAAUGGUUAACAGCCAUUUUCAGAAGUUAACAGAAGUCUCUGGACACAUAAACUUGGAUUGGUCCCUGGCUUCACUGCUUCCAAACUCAUUAAAAAACAAUACUAACCACCAAGUCAUAGGUGAAUGAGGGCAAGAUGUAGUAACACAGGGAAAUUAAUGGCCUAAUUCUAUGGCUUAAACCUUUUUGGUCUCAAGAUCUUUUUUACACUCUUAAAAAUUGAGGACCCCAAAGAGCUUUACUUAUGUAUGUCACACACACACACGCCAUAUUAGAAAUUAAAACUAAGAGAUUCUUAAAACACAAGAAUACACAAGGACACAUUUUGCUAGCUUCAAAGAGAUGAAAUCAUCACAUGUCAUGUAGUCUCUGGCCAAUCUAUAUACACAUGAGAAAAUGAGAAUGAAAAAGACAAAUAAUGUCUUAGUUUAUAAUACAAACAGUUUUGACUUCAGACCAAACUCCUCAUGAGACCCACUGGGUUA